AGCUCAAGGCGGACCAGCACAAGCAUCUUCUCUCUUCCCCUCCUCUGCCGCUUCGUCUUCCAUUGGAUGGCAGAAGGGUGUGUCGCUUUCCUUCUGGAAACGGGUUAGGCAAAGUGCAACGGUGAAUUGAAUCCCUCGCGUCAGAUCGAUACCCCUUUCUUGCACCAUCGACGAGAGAUUCGCCCAACUUUAUAGGACCAAUAACACGAAAUAGGAGAUCUGGGGAGACACCGGUAUGGUGAUUGAAAUAACCUUUCUCUCUCCUUUAUCAAACCUUGAUUGUCCUUCCGUCCAUCGUGGCACUUCUCCUCGCCUCCGAAUGAAGCCCGAUCCAUAGGCCUCCGAGAGACCAUGCCUCAAGUAUCCGGGUCCCAAGUUAAACCCAAUAACACGAGUGGUAAAGAGGCGAGUAAAAUCGUUUCAGUUAUUUCUUGAGCCGUGGUGGACGGUGGUUGCCGCAGAGCAGAGAGAGAGAGAGAGAGAGAGAGAGAAGAGAGAGAGCAGACGGAAGAGGAUAAGGGGACAGGGAGGGAUGGCAGGAUACCGAGCGGAGGACGACUACGACUACUUGUUCAAGCUAGUGCUGAUCGGGGACUCCGGGGUGGGCAAGUCCAACCUCCUCUCCCGCUUCACACGCAACGAAUUCAACCUCGAGUCCAAGUCCACCAUCGGCGUCGAGUUCGCCACCCGCAGCAUCACCGUCGACACCAAGGUUCUCAAGGCCCAGAUUUGGGACACCGCCGGCCAAGAGAGGUAUCGUGCCAUAACAAGUGCUUAUUAUCGGGGAGCAGUAGGUGCACUGCUCGUCUAUGAUGUUACCAGACGUCCUACAUUUGAGAAUGUUUCACGUUGGCUAAAAGAGUUGAGGGACCACACAGAUCCUAACAUAGUUGUCAUGCUCAUUGGGAAUAAGUCGGACCUCCGACACCUUGUUGCUGUUCCGACCGAAGACGGCAAGGCUUAUGCUGAGAGGGAAUCCCUAUAUUUUAUGGAAACAUCUGCAUUAGAAGCAAUGAAUGUGGACAACGCAUUUCAAGAGGUCUUGACUCAGAUAUACCGUAUUGUGAGUAAGAAGGCAGUCGAAGCAGGUGAUGAUGCAACAUCUUCUGUACCUAGUAAAGGUGAGAGAAUAAACGUAAAGGAUGAUGCUUCUACACUGAAGAAACCCAGCUGCUGUUCAAGUUAGGUAACACUAGUGUUGCCCAGUGGUUGCUUUCUCUCUCUGAUGCAUGUUUUAGUUUGAGUAAUGUCUGAGAUUGCUUUUUUUCUUUUGAGAUUAGCAAUUCUGGAUAUGAACUUGAAUAGACUGAAGUUUUGUUAUUUUAAUAUCUGCAAGUAUAGUCCGAUAUUCCAAUUGUUGAGACUAAGGCUUAACUAUGGUGCAAUCUAGAGUGAGCCGACUAAGCAAACAGUCUCUAUUCUAUUGUAGUGAUGGUUCAUUUCAGUAAAUGCUCUUUUGAUAGUGUGAUAAAUGUUAUUAGUAUAAA